AUGGAACGACAAACGCAAGGCCUCUCCUUCUCCAUGGCUCUCCUGCUGUUCCACGCCCAAAUGACCUUACCCCUCGUCGAAGCUUAUGUGGAACAAACUUGCAGCGAAGCCGCCAAGAGCGAUCCUAGAGUCAACUACAAGUACUGCGUCGACACCCUCUACCGCCACCGCGGAAGCACCGAAGCCGACACGUGGAGGCUGGCGCAGAUCGCCUCGGACCUGGCCGUCAACACCAGCGAAGUCGGCAAGCUCCUUAUCGACGACAUGGCGAAGAAGGAGGUCAGGGAUCAGGACAUGAGGGGACUCCUCAACGGGUGCUCCAAGUUGUAUGACGACAUGGGCACGGCGGCGGCCAGGGCCGAGGAUAACAUCAGGGCGAGGAACUAUGGCGCCGCGAAGCAGUUGCUGAACCAGGACAUCGCCAUGGCUCGGCAGUGCCAGGCAUCCUUCGGCAGAGCGGGAAAAGGUGCUCCGGGGAUCGUGACUCAGAUCGAUACCGAGGCUGUCAACUUGGGAAUUCUAGCUUAUGCAAUCACAAACUUGUUAAAGUAA